GGAAGGCGUGUUCCCGGACUGGAGUUGGAAAUGACGGGAGCUGAAACUGGAUUCCAAAUCACAUACCACAACAAAAACAGCGGGGCAUAAGACACAGAGCUGCAAGCCAACGAACCGGGGUUCUCCUGAUGGAAACGCUGAUGAGCGCAGUGGCCGCUCGGCCAGCUGCCCCAGUGAAGCGCGUGGCAGAGGUAGACUUCCGCUCGGGCACCACACUGGAGCAGCUGGCGACGCAGGUGCAGGAGCUCGUACAGCUGGAGCAGGGCGAGUUCGGGGACCAGACUGCACUGGAGGUGCACACUGCCAAAGACUUCAUUUUCAACAUGCUUGGCCUGGUACAGAAGGUGGACAAGAGGCUUCCGGUGGCAAACGAGUACCUGCUGUUGUCCGGUGGUGCCAGGGAGGGUGUUCUGGACCUGAACCCCGAGGACCUGGGUGACUACGCCCGAGGCGUGGACUUUGACCUGGAUUUCACCCUGUUGGUCCCUGCCCUCAAAUUGCAUGACCGCAACCAGCCUGUAACUCUGGACAUGCGCCAGUCUCCGCCAUGCCACUCUUGGCUCAGCUUACGGCUCUGCGACCCUGCCAUGCUGGCUCGAUGGGGUAUCUGCUGUGAGGAUGAAGCCAAUGGGCAGCGUGAGGAAGAUGAGGAUGGAGAGGAAGAAGGCGGUUCCAUACUGGGGUCAAUUCCAUCAUUGCAGUCUCCACAGUCUUUGGAUGGAUGCUACUUUUCGCCAUUGCUGGUUACGGAUUGGUUCUGGAAUGUGGUGGGAACAGCAGUGGAUGAACUUCGGCGGAAUCCUCAAAGAGGGAUUCCAGUUCCGGAUCGCAUUGAACGGAAUGGGCCUUUGACCACUCUGAUCCUCAAAGCAGGUACCAGCCGUGUGCUUUACGAUCUUCUACCCGUUGUGUCGUUUCGUGGCUGGCCAGCAGUUGCACAAAGUUGGUUGACCACCAAUCACUUCUGGGAUGGAAAGAUCACCGAAGAGGAGGCCAUCAGUGGGUUUUAUCUGCUGCCCUGCUGUUCCCCGGCUGCAGGGUCUGCCUCUAGACCAGACCGUGAGUGGAGGCUGGCCUUCUCGCGGAGUGAGGUCCAGUUGAAGAAGUGUGUGCCCUACCCUAUGGCUGCGGCCUUCCAGGCGGCCAAGGCCGUUCUGUCAAGAUUGCUUGCUCGUCCUCGUACCGGCCUUAGCCUCUACCACCUCCGCACAUUGCUUUUCUGGGCCUGUGACCGCUUACCUGCAGCCUACCUGAGCUGCCCAGAACAAGAGACACCUGCCCGCCUACUCCUGGGCCUCCUGGACGAUCUAGCCCACUGCGUGUUGGGUAAAAACUGCCCCAACUACUUCCUCCCUCAAUAUAACAUGCUAGAGCACCUUACCGAUGGCGCCGCCCUGCUGGUGGCUCGGAAACUAGCACAUUUGCGCUCUGAUCCAGCCGAACACUUGCGUGCGGCGCUGGAGCAAACCAGGCAGGCCUGCCAGCUGAAACGAGAAGCUACCGGGGCCAGUAACGGACAUGGGGUUUCGUCACCCAGCCGUGGGCCAUCUGCAGCAGGGUCACCUCAAGAUGAUCGACUAGCACAGAGGCUGCAGCAGCUAGUCACAGAAAACCCUGGCAAAUCCAUUUCGGUCUUCCUCAACCCAGAUGAUGUCACGAGACCACAUUUCCGCAUUGACGAUAAGUUCUACUGAGAUAACAAAGUCACGCUGAGAGCCACAGAGCUAAUGCUAAAGCUAAAUGUUAAAGCUGAGAGCAUGCACUCCUACCUUGUGCAUUGCACUGUACUGUUUCAAAAUGAAUAGCCCCCACACAAGUUGGGCGUAAUCAGUGA